AUGAAAUUCGUAAGGCCUCUUUUUUUUCUGGAUAAACUGGUCAAGGCUGUCAGGAUCAUCAGGAAUCAUGGUGGCAUCAGGGGCGCCCUUUAUCAGCUCUAUAGGGUUGAUGACCUUAAAGAUGGCACCCUAGUGGGUGAGGAUGCUCUUGGAAACAAAUACUAUGAAAAUAAACAACUCCUACUCGGUCGUGACCGUUGGGUAAUAUAUCACCCACGUUAUUAUGGAAUGGAUUAUGAUGGCUCUUUGGUACCAGCAGACAGGUUUGGAUGGUUACACCACAACACUGAUAAACUCCCAACUGAGGUUGCUCCAACUAGUUAUGGAUGGCUGAGUGGACAUACAGAGAAUAAAACUGGCACAGAAGAAGCCUACGUUCCAUAUAGCACCAAGCCUAAAAUUGAAGCAUGGGUACCUCCUAAACGCAUAUAGUUUAAUUUUUUUUAU